CGCGCGGCUCGGGCUCCGUCAGUUCUGCUCGGCGCAGCGCGGCUCGGCAGCAGCCGGGCAGGCACGCUCUCCGGGUCCUCGGCUUCGCGCUCCGUUAGGGCUCGCUCGCGCGGGGACCCCUUCGGGCAGGAGGCGCGUGGCCAGGGCGGGCGGCGGGCCGCAGCACAAAGUUGGGGAGACGCGAGGAUGGGGCUGCCCCCAGCGCCUCUGAGAUGGGUCCGGGGUCCGGCGCUGCUGGCCCUGGCGUUGCCCCUGGCCGCCGCGCUGGCCUUCUCCGACGAGACCCUGGACAAAGUGGCCAAGUCGGAAGGCUACUGCAGCCGCAUCCUGCGCGCCCAGGGCACGCGGCGCGAGGGCUACACCGAGUUCAGCCUUCGCGUGGAGGGCGACCCCGAAUUCUACAAACCGGGAACCAGCUACCGCGUGACCCUGUCAGCUGCCACUCCAUCUUACUUCAGGGGAUUCACAUUAAUUGCCCUCAAGGAGAACAGAGAGGGUGAUAAAGAAGAAGACCAUGCUGGGACCUUCCAGAUCAUAGAUGAAGAAGAAACCCAAUUUAUGAGCAACUGCCCUGUAGCAGUCACAGAGAGCACCCCUCGGAGGAGGACACGGAUCCAGGUGUUUUGGAUCGCGCCGCCAGCAGGAACAGGCUGUGUGAUCCUCAAGGCCAGUAUUGUACAGAAACGCAUCAUUUAUUUUCAAGAUGAGGGCUCACUCACCAAGAAACUUUGUGAACAAGAUUCCACACUUGAUGGAGUGACCGACAAACCCAUCUUAGACUGUUGUGCCUGUGGAACUGCCAAGUACAGACUCACGUUUUAUGGGAAUUGGUCUGAGAAGACACACCCAAAGGAUUAUCCUCGUCGGGCUAAUCACUGGUCUGCAAUCAUUGGUGCAUCCCACUCCAAGAAUUACGUACUGUGGGAGUAUGGAGGUUAUGCAAGUGAAGGUGUCAAACAAGUUGCAGAAUUGGGCUCACCAGUGAAAAUGGAGGAAGAAAUCCGACAACAGAGCGAUGAGGUCCUCACCGUCAUCAAAGCCAAAGCCCAGUGGCCAGCCUGGCAGCCUCUCAACGUGAGAGCAGCACCCUCGGCAGAAUUUUCAGUGGACAGAAUGCGCCAUCUGAUGUCCUUCCUGACCAUGAUGGGCCCCAGCCCCGACUGGAACGUGGGCCUGUCUGCGGAGGAUCUGUGCACCAAGGAGUGCGGCUGGGUUCAGAAGGUGGUGCAGGACCUGAUUCCCUGGGAUGCCGGCACCGACAGCGGCGUGACCUAUGAGUCACCCAACAAACCCACGAUUCCCGAGGAGAAAAUUCGGCCCCUGACCAGUCUGGAUCAUCCUCAGAGUCCUUUCUAUGACCCAGAGGGCGGCUCCAUCACUCAAGUAGCCAGAGUUGUCAUCGAGAGAAUCGCCCGGAAGGGAGAGCAGUGCAAUAUUGUACCCGACAACGUGGAUGAUAUUGUAGCAGAUCUCGCUCCAGAGGAGAAAGAUGAAGAUGACACUCCUGAAACCUGCAUCUACUCCAACUGGUCCCCAUGGUCCGCCUGUAGUUCCUCCACCUGUGAGAAAGGCAAAAGGAUGCGGCAGCGCAUGCUGAAGGCACAGCUGGACCUCAGUGUCCCCUGUCCCGACACCCAGGACUUCCAGCCCUGCAUGGGCCCAGGAUGCAGCGAUGAAGAUGGCUCCACCUGCACUAUGUCCGAGUGGAUCACCUGGUCGCCCUGCAGCAUCUCCUGCGGCAUGGGCAUGCGCUCUCGGGAGAGGUACGUGAAGCAGUUCCCAGAGGACGGCUCCGUGUGCACGCUGCCCACCGAGGAGAUAGAGAAGUGCACGGUCAAUGAAGAGUGCACUCCCAACAGCUGCCUGAUGACCGAAUGGGGCGAGUGGGACGAGUGCAGCGCCACCUGCGGGAUGGGCAUGAAAAAGAGGCACCGUAUGGUCAAGAUGAGCCCGGCUGAUGGCUCCAUGUGCAAGGCGGAAAUGUCCCAGGCAGAGAAGUGCAUGAUGCCUGAGUGUCACACCAUCCCAUGCUUGCUGUCCCCGUGGUCUGAGUGGAGCGACUGCAGCGUCACCUGUGGGAAGGGCAUGCGGACCCGCCAGCGGAUGCUUAAGUCUCUGGCUGAACUCGGGGACUGUAAUGAGGAGCUGGAGCAGGCGGAGAAGUGCAUGCUGCCAGAAUGUCCGAUAGACUGUGAGCUCAGCGAGUGGUCGCAGUGGUCGGAAUGUAACAAGUCGUGCGGGAAAGGCCACAUGAUUCGAACCCGGAUGAUCCAAAUGGAGCCCCAGUUCGGAGGGGCGCCCUGCCCCGAGACGGUGCAGAGGAAAAAGUGCCGCUUGCGGAAAUGUCUCCGCAACCAGUCCAUCCAGAAGCUGCGCUGGAGGGAGGCCCGCGAGAGCCGGAGGAGCGAGCAGCUGCGGGAAGAAGCCGAUGGAGAGCAGUUCCCAGGCUGUAGGAUGCGCCCCUGGACAGCCUGGUCGGAAUGCACCAAACUGUGCGGCGGUGGGAUUCAGGAACGCUACAUGACGGUAAAGAAGAGGUUCAAGAGCUCCCAGUUUACCAGCUGCAAAGACAAGAAGGAGAUCAGAGCCUGCAAUGUUCACCCUUGUUAGCGAGCAAGGGUCCGGGUUUUCCAGAAUCUAGAUUCCAGAGUCCCCAGUGGUUGGGUUGUUUUGCUUGUUUGUUUAAGGCAAUUUAUAUCGUGUACAUUAGAUUUCAUUUCUACACUGUGGUGUGCCCAAUAGUCUUGUGGAUGCCCGGGACACCCUUUCUUGGUAUACUUCUUGAUUGGUGCAGGCCAAGUGGGACCCUCUGCCAGUAUGAAACAAACAAGUCUCUCUCUAGAGCACCUGUCUGGGCUUUGAGGCCAAGACUCUGACCUCUUUACCCAGGAAAGGCAGCUCCAUCUCUGCUCCUCGUCCCAGGGGUAGCAGGGAGAGAAUAUUCAUCGUCAGAUCAGGAGACUCCACUUAUUUUCAUCAGCCAGCUCAUUCUUGCAGGAAACGAUUGCCCAGCUCCUUUAUUUUUAGUGAAGGGCUUCUCAAACUUAUUUGGUCUACUGCCCCUUUUCAAAACGCAAAGUACAAACCAAUCCACUCAGCGCUCUCCCCUAGCCUGACCCCCACCUGCCUUCUUUUAGUGAUCAAAUAGAAACCCACAAUUGCACCUGAAGCUACUUUCUGUUUACUCAAUACUACUAGCACCCCCACCCCAAUCAUUCUGCUACCUUCCCACCCUCUAAAGGAGAAAACCAAAGGGGGUAAUUUCACCCACUUUGGGAAAGUAAUUUAGUGGGGUGUUCUUGUUGUGUCUCCUUGAUCAAUGGCAGGUGGGUCUUGGGAAAAUAAAGCUGGUAGGUGUGAAGGUCAGCAUGGAUGUUCAGUGGCUUUGUUUUUUUAAGUUCUGAAUCUAUUCAUGUCAUGGCUACUUGUUUUGUACGGAAGGAUGUGGGUUCUUACACAGGAAGAGAGUAACUAAGUCCACGAAGUAUCUUCCCCCUUUGGCCACUGUUUAGGUUGCCAGGUGCUUCUGAGCCUUCUGUAGCUCCUGAGCUGCUCUCUGGAAUCUGGGCCAAGGCAGCAGCCUUGGCCUCUCCAGCAUGCCCAAACCUUAAAUCUUAAAUCUCACAUGCAUCAAGGUUUUCAAGCUCCAAACCAGUCUUUAAGAACUUUUUUUUUAAAAGUGGUGCAAAAAUUUUGCUAAGUCCACCAACCAAUGUUUCAACAGAAACCACUAUCUGUGUACUUGAUGAGUUGGGCUUGUUUUUCCCCCCCAGCUACAAAACUUUUUAUCUAGAAAAGAAUCUCAGAAACCGUGAAAGAAAAUUCUAGAAAGAAAGGACUAUUACAGAAUUAAGCUGGGGAAGAAAAUCUAUUUACGUCCCGCUUGGGGAAAUCUGAUUUAUCCAGGGUGAAGUUCACCCUAUGGUUCAGUUCCACGCACAGCCCUUCAUCACCCCAUCCAAGCACUCAAAAGCACACCAAAUUCAGGGAGACUGAUUCCCAAGGACUAAUGUAGAAGGACAUUUGACUGAGUUGAGUCCCUAGCAUUUUGCUCAUUUACUUGUUAAAACUGUUCUUCUGUUGUAGAUCUUCUUUUCUAAGCUUAAUCCAAAUAUAUAUCACAGAUGAGAUGCAAACAAUGCUCUGAAUACUAAGAAUUCGUAUUCAACACAUCAGUAUAUUUCGAACACUAUACAUAUGUGUGUGUGCGAGUAUGUGUGUGUGCGCGCGCUACUUUCUCAGAAUUUGUAUUCUUUUAACACAAAGCAGUUCAAUAAAAAGGGGCACUGGGUCUCUCUUUUGAGUUUUCAAACUAUUAAGAGUUUAGAAGGUUAGGCUUUUUGACAGCCACCCCAAUCAGAUGCAGCUAAGGGUAAGGGGAUUUUGCUCCCUGUUUCUGGGAAGGCCAUUAUUAUCACAUCCCUGAGCUUGCUAGAGCUUUAGUUGUUUCUCACAUUUUUCCAAAUCAUUAGAAGAACUGGUUUCUCCCCACCCACAAAAAAGUUUACCACAAAGGGGAAAAACAAAUUUUUUUUAUGUGGACAAAACAACGUUUCAAUACAGAAUCUGUUCUCUUGGGCAAAAUCACUCUGAACUGCUAAUGGCAUACUUACUCCUGAUAAACUGGGGAUUCCUAAGUCACCUUGAGGACAAGUACCCUAGUUCUACUGUGUUCUUAUUUGGUUCACAUUAGGUAAAUUUUUAAUCCUAAUUCUGGAGACAGAAAACAAGGUAACUGGUUAGUAAUGGCUGAGAAUGAGUAACAUGGUUCUCGUUAUGUAAGUGUUAUUUUUUGUUUGUUUGCAGGGGGGAGUUUAUAAGAAAUGUCAAAUCUCUUUCUUACCAAAGUCUUGUGCUAGGUUGUUUGUAGUUUUUACUGGCUAACCAAUCAUUUUGGAAAUAAAAGACUUUUUACUACAAAAAUGAAAA